UAAACCCAGUCUCACCUUUUACAAUGAAGUAUCCUACUUAUUACUUACGAAAAACUAAAAAGCCACUGAGAUUGACAAAUGCUCUUGGCGAUAUCAACUUCAAAAACGAAGAAUCAAUCACAAUUGACAAAGUGAGAAAAAAUGGAGAAACGACGAGCUUAUGUGCUGCUAUUACAAUGGCGUGCUUCUUCAAGCUCUCUCUCGAAUCAUCGCUCUUCACUUCCCACCUCAUCUAUCACUUCUCGCUUCUCCAACUCAGGGUCUAUGAUUAAUUGUGCCAAAAGAUUUAUGUCAUUAUGCUCAUACACUGAACAGCAGAGGCAGAAUAUUCAGCCAUCACAUGGUCUCCUGAUAGAUUCUAGAGUGCUUCAUCAGGCCAUCAGUACUCCGAGAAGCUCAACUCUUCAGUUAAGAUUCUAUGGAUCCGCACCAAUUGAGAGGAGCUCGACAUUCUCAGAAAUAAAUUCCAAGGAUAUCAGUUAUUUUAAGAGCAUAUUAGGGGAGCACAAUGUAAUACUGGACCCAGAUAGACUUGAGCCUGCCAACUGGGACUGGAUGCAUAAGUACAAAGGCUCAAGCAAGCUGAUGCUAAUCCCUAGGAACACUGAAGAGGUGUCUCAUAUAAUGAGUUACUGUAACUCUAGACGUUUGGCUAUUGUCCCUCAAGGGGGUAACACUGGUCUUGUUGGUGGAAGUGUGCCUGUCUUUGAUGAGAUUAUUGUCAACAUGAGCUCGAUGAACAGGAUCAUAUCUUUUGAUAAGGUCAGUGGUAUAUUGGUAUGUGAAGCAGGGUGCAUAUUGGAGAAUCUGGAAUCUUUUCUGGACAGUGAAGGAUUUGUGAUGCCUCUUGAUUUGGGAGCAAAAGGAAGCUGUCAGAUAGGUGGAAAUGUUUCAACCAAUGCUGGUGGUUUACGCUUGGUUCGUUAUGGGUCGCUGCAUGGAACUGUGUUAGGCCUUGAAGCAGUAUUAGCCAAUGGUACUGUGAUGGACAUGCUGGGAACGUUACGUAAAGAUAACACUGGGUACGACUUGAAGCAUUUAUUUAUAGGAAGUGAAGGGUCGCUUGGUAUUGUAACUAAAGUUUCCAUUCUUACUCCUCCGAAGCUGUCUGCUACCAACCUUGCUUUUUUGGCAUGUAAUGACUAUCUCAGCUGUCAGAAACUUCUAUUUGAAGCCAGAAGGAAACUUGGGGAGGUAUUAUCAGCUUUUGAGUUUCUGGAUAGUCAUGCAAUGGAUGUGGUUUUGAAUAAUUUAGAUGGUGUUAGAAACCCACUGCCUCCUGUAAUGCACAACUUCUAUGUUCUGAUUGAGACAACAGGGAGUGAUGAAUCCUAUGAUAGAGAGAAGCUUGAGAUGUUCUUGUUUCGGUUGAUGGAAAGUGGUUUGAUAUUAGAUGGUGUGGUUGCGCAAGACAUUAGUCAAGUAUCUUCAUUUUGGCGUAUCCGCGAGGGUAUACCAGAAGCGUUGAUGAAGUCGGGGGCUGUAUACAAGUACGAUUUAUCGUUACCUUUGGAGAAAAUGUAUGAUCUUGUUGACGAAAUGCGAACACGCCUUGGUCACCCUGCCAAAGUUGUGGGGUAUGGCCACCUGGGAGAUGGAAACUUGCACCUUAAUAUAACAUCUCCUCAGUAUGAUGACGCUAUUUUAGCACAAAUCGAGCCCUUUGUCUAUGAGUGGACUUCUAAGCAUCGUGGGAGUAUCAGUGCUGAGCAUGGGGUUGGACUGAUGAAAGCAAAUAAGAUCUACUACAGCAAGUCGCCUGAAGUGGUGCAAUUGAUGGGCUCCCUUAAGAAAUUGAUGGAUCCAAAUGGCAUACUAAACCCAUAUAAAGUUCUUCCACAUCAUCUUAGUGUUAACCACUGAGACGAUGCAGGAUGAGAACGAAUACUUUCUCCGAUGAUCAAGAAAGAGCAGGAUCUUAAGUAUACAGAACGUCAGAACCAACAGAAGAUAGAAAAAUGAUAUCAAUAAGAAACAGAAAUUGACAUUUGAAAGUUGUAAUAUAUCACCAGAACUAAAAGAAGCUAUAUCUCCGAUGGAAUUUGUCUGGAAAUUGGACUUCCACCUGGAAUGAAAUGAUACCAUAUUCUUCAUGCACUACUGUAUGUGUAAUGUUCAAUUAAUGUAUCAAAACUUUGCAUCCUAGAAUAUUCCACAACACUUACCAUGGUAUAUAAUACGAUUAUAUGCAUUAUUCGAA